GAACUAUCGAUUGUUAUUGCAUUCUUUCAUGUUUGACUUUCUCUCUUUUAACAACCCAUCCAUUGUCUUAUUUUUUAUUUACACGCGACACUAUUUGUUUCAAUGCGCUGCUCGAAUUCACCCACACCACUCAUACUGAGUGCCCUGCUUGUAGGCACCUCGGUUUGGCCGUGCCAGGACCAUGCACCCGCGUCAAAACGGCGGCGCUGCAUCGGUCACAAGCCAGUGGCUGGGACUGCUGCUUCUAGUGUUGGAGCAGUCGUUCCACAAGUGUGUCGGCUGCGCCUGCUGCAACAACAGCAGCAGAAAUCGACUCAGAACCGGCUGUCAUCACAGCUGUUCGCCCUGGGCAAUCGCCACCACGAGUGCCAUUGCCGGAGCCGUUUCCACCCCGCAUCCUCUUCAAAGUCAGCCGUCAGCAGCGACGCAGUGCCCACAUUGGUGACUAGCACAUCAACUACGACAAAUAUUGUGUCGAGCUUACCGUCCACGACCCAUUCUUCGUCAGACGCGUCCAUUGCGACACGCGCGACUAUAUCGACCGUGGAUGUGGAAUCAGCGGCAUUAGUUGCCCAUACCACUACAUCAUCAAUCACAACCCAGUUCGCUGGCGGUGUAGUGGCUGGCGGUGGAGGCGGAGGCGAGCAGCCGGUUCUGGGAACCCCGUUGCCAAUCAGCGUCACCACAGCAACGAAGGGAAGCGGGGGGGUUUUGGAAUACGGCCAAUGUAUUCUGUUUGAAAGCCAGUGCAACACUAUGUGCUCGUACGGUGUGUUCUCGAUGGAUUGCGUUGACGGUGGCGUUUGCUUGUGCCACAAUGACGACCCGAACGACACAGAGACUGGGGCCGAGGUUAAUGGGGACGACAAGACCACUAAAUCUACGAGCCAUGCUGCGCACCAGCUUUCCGUGUGGGGCGUCUCUGCGCUUUCAUUGCCGGCGCUGGCUGCGCUUGUGGUGACAGCUGCGUUCUUUUAGUUACUCUCAACCCAACGUUUUCCUACUUGUUUUAUUUUUUGUUCCAUAUCAAUUUUCGGCGCAUUUUUCAAAUCGACCACGGCCAUAAGGAGCGGAAUACCAAAAAUGACCUGGCCCAACCUUCCGCUCACUGAAAAUAUAAUUUUAAUUUUACUGCUAG